AUGGGGACGGGUGGCUGCCCUGAGAGCAGUGUGUGGUACCGGAUCCCUGCCUGCUCUGCUGGCUCCGGCUGCUGGUGCCGCUGGAUCCCGAGGGAGCUGCUGCAGCCUGGGGCUGCCUGGCUGGCAGGUCCCAGCUCCAGUGUCAGCAUUCAGAGCUCCAUCAGCGACAUGGUUCUGCACGCUCGGUGCUCCUGCUGUGGCGAUGGAGAUGCCAACCUUGUGUCUGAACGGCACAUCUCACCUCUGGCUCUGGAGCAGGGGCUCGGGGCACCCUCGGGCUCGGGCCGGCAGCCAGCGCCAGGAUUCCCCGUCCCACAGCGGGACGGGGCGGGAUCAAUGACUCCGCUGUCUCUCGGCACAGACCUGCGCCCGCUGGACAUCCUGUCGGAGGCGGUGCCGGCCGGGGGGCCGGCCCGGGGCAUGCGGGUCUUCCAGGUGCAGGGGGUGCGCGGCUUGCAGCUCUCGGCCGCGCGGCCCCGCGCCCUGGGCUUCCCCGCCUCGCGGCUCUUCAUCCACUGCGACCGCUUCCCCGAGGAGUUCUCCCUCAUCGUCACGCUGCGGGCGCGGCGCCGCCCCGCCAAGAGGAACGAGUACAUCUUCACGCUGAUGGUGGAGGAGAGCCCCAGCGUCCUGGUGGGGCUGCGCUACGCCCCCGACAAGCUGCACUUCCUCUUCUGGAGCCAGGAGCGCGCCGGCGGCUGGCAGACCCGCGUCACCUUCCCCAACGUGUCCCUCUCCGACAACCAGUGGCACACGCUCAUCCUGGCUGUCUCCGGGCAGUCCUUCUCCUUGACAGUGGACUGCAGCAUCCCCAAGGAUGUGGUGGUGGAGACACCAUUUCCAGCCUCGCUGUCGGUGAGGAGAGCCACCUUCUACCUGGGCAACCGGCGGAGGAGGAAAGGCGUGUUCACGGGCUUGCUGAGACAGCUUGUCCUGCUGCCAGGAGCUGAUGCCACCCCCCGGAUAUGCCACGCCGUGAACUUCAAAGUAGCAACGCUCUCUGUCCCCAGUGUCCUCCAGGAUGUCCCUAGGCUCCUGCCUGCCUCCUCUCUGUGCCCAGAGGCUGACAUGAAGGUGACCCUGGGGGCUCGGCCACGCUGCUCCAAGCAGGAGAAGGCUCAGUUCUGGUUCAACGCCUCUCGGCGAGGGCUGUACCUCUGCAACGGCAGCACCUGGGUCUCCAUGCUGGAAGUCCAACACAGGCUGGACUACGUGGAGGAACACCAGAACCUGGUGACCAACUCGGAGACAAUGGGCAUUGAGGUGUUCAGCAUCCCAAAGGUGGGACUGUUUGCAGCCAUGGCCAACAGGAUCACGCCCCCGGGAUCGGCCAUCUACAGGUGGACCGACGGGAAGUUUGUGCACUACCAGAACAUCCCCACCCACCAGGCUCAGUCCUGGAAGUAUUUCACCAUUGGGAAGAAGAUCUUCCUGGCAGUGGCGAAUUUUGAGCAGAAUGAGAGGGGUCAGGAGUUCUCUGUCAUCUUCAAGUGGAGCCGCAGGAAGGCGAAGUUCGUGGCGCACCAGCGGAUCGCCACGCACAGCGCCAGGGACUGGGAGGCCUUUGCCAUCGAGGGAGAGGCUUUCCUGGCCGUGGUCAACCACAGAGAAGGGAACAACCACAACAUAGAUAGCGUGAUAUACAGGUGGAACCCCAGGACAGGGCUGUUUGAAACCAACCAGACCAUUCCCACCUCUGGAGCCUACGACUGGGAAUUCUUCACCAUCGGGCCAUAUUCCUUCCUGGCUGUAGCUAACACAUUCAAUGGCACGUCCACUAAGAUCUACUCACACAUCUACAUCUGGCUCAGUGGCUCUUUCCAGCUCUUCCAGUCUAUCCUGACAUUUGGUGCAGCUGACUGGGAGGUUUUUCACAUUGGGGACAGAGUCUUUCUGGCUGUUGCCAACAGCCACAGCUAUGACAGCGGGAUGCCAGCACCCUCCAACUUCUAUGCCAUCAACUCCUCCAUCUAUGAGCUGAACAUCACAGCCCAGAUGUUUGUGAAAUUCCAGGACCUUCUCACCUACAGUGCCCUGGACUGGGAGUUCUUCUCGGUGGGAGACGACUCUUUCCUGGUGGUGGCCAACUCCUUCGAUGGCUUCACCUUCUCUGUCAACAGCAUCAUCUACAGGUGGCAAGGCUACGAAGGCUUCGUGGCAGCCCACCAGCUCCCCACGGUCGGCUGCAGAGACUGGGAGGCGUUUCACACCGCUGAGGGCUCCUUCCUGCUCUACUCCAGCGCCAAGGAGCCGCUUUCCAAGGUGCUCAAGCUGAAAACCACCUGA